AUGAACCUGAAAGCUAGCCGAGAUGCCCGGCCGGAUGUCGCUAGCGACGCACCACCGCCUGCAAAGGAGAAGCAGAGGUCUCGAACAGGCUGUCAGACCUGUAGAUCGCGCAAGGUGAAAUGUGACGAGAGGCCCGGAGGCUGCCGCAACUGCGAGAGGCUCAACAUACCGUGCCCCCAUCCCGUCGUGCAGCUCACGCAAGCCGCUGACGCAGGUGUGCUCGCCGACGGCAUCGUCAGCAGUGGCCUCGACAACAAAUCGGGAACCGUCCGGACCCAGGCAGGCCUGCGUCGGUCUCGCACCUACCGGUCCUGUCAGCUCUGCCGGUCCUCCAAGAGCCGCUGCUCCGGCGAGCGUCCAGUCUGUCUGCGGUGCCGGGAGAAGGACCUCGAGUGCGUCUACGAUGGCCGACAGGUCCCCGCCUGGGUAGAGGCCAUGUCCGCCAAGCUGGAGCCCGGCCGACUGGCUGCCGGCGGCUCGUCAUCCGGCAGUCUAUCACCCAAGCAAGCCCGCUCCCGCAACAACUCGCACGACUCGUCUUCGCUGACGCCGGAGUCUCACUACGGGACACCCAACUCGCAACUCGGCUAUCAGUACCCUCCGAAUCUAGAUGACCUCGAAUGGCUCAACUCGGCAGACCUGCCCAACAGGGACAGGAUAGCCCUCCUAGUCGAGGAGUAUUUUACUAAUAUGCACUGUCUGCGGUCCUUUGGCUUCAUCCACAAGCCCACCUUCCUCCAGCAGUUGGACGAGAGGAUAAGGGCCAAGCAAGGCAAAGAUGCAUUGUUGUAUACUAUCUGUGCGCUGGGCGCCAAGUUUUGUGCCCUGAGAUAUGCCACCGAGGCACAAAUCGAAGACGGGUUUGCUCUCUGUGUCGGGAAUCAGUGGGCCGAGAGAGCACGGUACUUUCUCUACACCAAUUUCAAUAACGUCUCCAUCGAGACCCUGAUGACAAUUGUCCUGCUGCACGAGCACGAGCUGAGAAUCGGCAACUAUGCCAGCGCCUUUACGCUGACCGGAGUGGCAGUACGCAUGGCGCAGAGCCUUCAGAUCAACCUAGAGUCAUCGACCGACAUCCUGUGCCUCUCCAGGAGGGGUCUACCCGCCGCAUCACGAGAGGCGAGGCGCCGCCUGAUGUGGAGCGUCUAUACUAUAGACGCCUGGGUGGGUAGCGGCGUGGAUGAGUUGACGCUCCUCCGAGACGAGGACAUGAAGAUCCAGCUGCCGUGCAAUGAGCGGAGCUUUGUCUUCCAGAUCCCGUGCCUCGUGGAGACACUGCAGCCUGGCUGCCAGCUGCCCUUUAUCACGCCGGAGAUGCGGUCGAAGGGACCCGUCGACUCUCUAGAUCUGCAGGCUCAGUUCAUACGCCUCCUCAGCAUCAGGAAACAGGUCCUAAGAUAUGUCAAACAUCUCGACACGGCAAAGCCCCCGUGGAUCCACGAGUCGGACUUCCUCAUGCUGGAGCGCAGCCUGCAGAAGUGGUACGACGAGCUGCCGCUCAGCCUCCGCUUCUCCCAGACGGCGCUCUACAUGCGCAAGGAGUCGUCCCAGCUCGGCGGCCUGCUCUUCCUCCAUAUCACCUACCACCAGACACUCUGCGACCUGAACCGCAUCGGCAUGCGCGACCUCUUCAAGAUCCGCUCGCCCGUCGACUUCCCCGCCGAGCAGGGCGACAUGAUGCACAAGGUGCAAGACCGGUGCUUCCACCACGCCAUGGCCGUCGCGUCCGUGUACGAGGAGGCGCUGCGGCACGGCCACGAGGCCCUUGCCGACACUUGGCUGAGCGUCGUGGCGCACGACGCGGCGAGGGUCAUCGUCUUUUACGGCAUGUACUGCCGGAGGCAGGCGCCGCCGGACGCGGUCUCGGGCCAGCACGUGUGCGCGAUGCUGCAUGUGCUGCUGCGGGCUCUGAAGAUGAUGAUUGCUAGCCACACAUUAGCUAUACCGUUGCAUUCGGCAGCGGUAGCCAUGGUGAAACGGGCCAACAUUAUCGUGCCUCCGGAGCUGGAUCUCAGCCCUACCACCCAACGUCUGCCGCCGAUGGCCGAGAUGGACCGGGAUAGGCACAUGUACAUGGGCAAGCCGGCGCAGUUCACGCCCGAAUACGUCCUCAACCCGCUCGCCAUCUACCGCAUGGCCAGGCAGGACAUCAACGACGGCGAGAAGCAUGCACCCGAGCACAGCCCGACCUUUGCCGCCCUUGGCAGCCACGCCGUGGAUGAGGCGUUGGCACAACACCUGCAACAGCAGCAGCAGCAGCAACACCAACAUCAGAUCAACGCUCCAUCCGCGACCAGCUUGCUGCCGGACGGAGGCGGCCCCGGCGGCCUCGACGACACCAGCUUCCUCGACGGCAGCUUCUUGCACGCGCCGGCGGGGCCGUCCGGCUUUGACGACAUGCAGACCUACCUGCCGCUCAUGCUGAGCAACUUCAGUAUUCCCAUGCACACAGCGACAACGGCGGCGGCACCGGGUGCGGGCGACAUGCACUCGCAGGCUGCCGGGGGAGGAGGGGUGGACUUUUCCGGGUUCUCGGUGGACAGCGUGUAUCCGGUGCCUCCGUCCGAGACGGAUGCAGCCAUCGUCGACUUGGCUAUGCCGGCGGUCUCGGCGGCGCCCGAGUUCACCCAUACCGAGCAGCAGGCUUGGGGAUGA